GGAAGACGGACCUGAGGCAGGAGACUUCCUCAACCCUGCGCUCCUCAGCAGAUUCUCCGGCGCACUUAGUCUCGUCUCCAAAAGAAAAACUACCUGGUUCCUCUUCAUUCUGCCUUUAAAGACUCAGACUAUGGAGGAUUCAAGCCCUCGCCGUGGUGGCUCUGUGUUUGCGGGGCUGGUGGGAGCAUCGCAGGUACUCGGACUGGUGUCUGUUGUUUUGACCGGCGUGUGGAUGGGUCACUACAGAGGUGGCUUUGCCUGGGAUGGUUCAGGUCAGGAGUUCAACCUGCACCCUCUUUGCAUGGUGCUGGGCCUAAUCUUCCUGCAUGGUGAUGGUGGGUCCACACAAAGUCUGCAUCACUGUUGGUCAUCUGACAUGUCCAUUAUUAGUUUUUUAUAUUACCUUUUCUACUUUAAAUGUACUGUAAAUGUGAUUUAUUUUUGUAGGCUUGUCAUCUGUAUUUUUGCUUUUCUUCUUAGGUCAACCUACUCUCAGUUCGCCCCAGAGGGGAUCCUAGCUAACAUCUUGGGGAUCCUGCUGGUGUCCUAUGGAGUUGCUCUGGUUUACUUGAUAACCAAGGAUGAGUACAGACGCCCCCCAAACCCAGAAGAAGAGGCGCUGUCUGUCCACUUUAAGAACCUGACUGAGGGUGGGGAACCAACAAGCCCCUGAAGCUGUGACUCCAGGAGCUGCCAUAUAAUGAAAGGCAGAUAUUGACAAUAGCUUUAAUUUAUGUGAAGUGUGAAAUGAUGGACCUGUAACGGUUCCCUCUUCUGCAAACAAACCUUUUUUUCUCCCCACUGCUCUCCUAGCUAUCUUCCCUUACCUAAAAUAUUUAUCUAAGUCAAAGUAAUACAGUAAACAAAAUAUUUUUUUAAUAUUUUGAUGUAUUAGUAGAUUAACCAAAUCACAUUUAUAUAAUCUCUUAAAAGAGCUGAAGGAAAUUUGAUUCCAAUUUGAUUUUCACUAAUUUCUACAUAAAAUCAUAUGAGCUCUAAUAACUCUGCCGUCCAGACCUUCAUCUGACCUGAAUGUCAGUGAAUUAAUUGGAUCACCAAACAUAAAGCUUGAACAUGUAUUAUUUUUCACGCUACAAUAAGUAUUUCUUUAUGACAAUUGGAAAGAGAAAUAUUUAAAAUAAUGUGAAAACUUCUCUUUCUAUGGUGACUUAAAGUGUUAUAGAGAUCUAAGCUUGCCAAGUGCAGUUUUUAAACCAUGUUGAUUGUUCUUUCAGUUUCCACUUAUUUCUGGCCCUGAUGACUGCAUUCCAGAGAGAAGUCUUAAAAUUCUGUCAUUUAUUUUACUCAGUAGAUGUGUUUUUUUCAAAUGUAUCACACCAGGGCUAAACUGAUUUAUAUUACUGUUUUAUGUUUUUGAAGCUGAGUGUAACAAUGCCAAAUUUCUAUUGCUGAAUGUUCUGCUUUAUAUUAACCGUUAAAAAAGUAAGUCUCACUGAAAUAAAAUGUGUUUGAAAUGGCUUUACGAAACAUCUGUAAGUUUUAUUCCCUGUUUAGAAUAAUGCCCAUGCAGAAUUGCA